AUGGAGGGCAGUAAUGAUAACCACAACAACAUCGCCGCCGGGAUUUCCAAUCAUCCGUACUUCCACAUCGGCUACGCGUGUGUCUUGCUCCUCGCCGUCUCGGCCGCGAUGACAUGGGGGACGCCCCCCUACCUCUCCUCUCUCAUCGUGCUCAUCAUGGUCACGGGAUACGCGACUUUCGUCCCGAGUCGGCGCCGAUACGAAGGACUUGCAUCCGAUUCGGGGCGCACACUCCUCCCAAUCUUUGAGCCAUUUAAGGGAUACGGAGGCACCACUAUCGCCGGGCUUCGCCGACCAUCAUGCAUCCGGCGCCUCGGCUCGUCGGAGACGCUGCCAGGGACGAUGUCGGAAACGCAGUCGGAGGAGGUGCUGUCCUCGGGGACGCUGUCGGGAACGUUGUGGGGAACGCUGUCAGGAAAGCUGUCGGGGGAGCGAUCCUCGGAGACGCUGUCAGGGGAGCUGUCGGGGAAGCGGUCCUCGGAGACGCUGUCCUCGGGGACGCUGUCGGAGACGCUGUGGGAGACGCUGUCGAGGAAGCUGUCGGGGAAGCGGUCUUCGGAAACGCUGUUCUCUGAGACGCUGUCGGCGGCAAAUCCGGACGUACCCAGCAGCGAGGUCUGCCAAGCGGAUAUGCUCCUCUGGAAGUCGUGGGUGAAGGAGCUGGACGCGAAGCGGGAAACACAGUCGGCGGCGGAUCCGGACCCGUACUCAGGUAGCAGCGAGGUCUGCCAGGCGGAGAUGCUAGAUCCGUACGCGCGCAGCCGCGAGGUCUGCCAUGCGCAGAUGGGCGUCUGUCAGGCGUUGAAGAAGGACUUGGAGGCGGAGCGGGAAACGCUGCGGCGCACGGCGCAGGAGUGCUACCGUCGGCAUGCGAGCGCCGCGGGCACGUUCGCCUUUGGGCCGGAACACUCGACGCAGAAGAGCGGGUACGGCUGGCUCCAGAAUGAAGGGCCGGCGUGGUGGGCGGCGGAUCGGGCGCUGCAGGAGAAAACAGAGGAGAUUCGGGAGGUCGAGAGGAAGAUGAGGGCGUUGAAGGAGGAGAUCGAGGCUUUGUUUUGGAAGAGCUGUGGCUGA